AUGUCUCGGGAGCAAAGUGGGCGUUCAUCCUCUCAGGCCUCUGAUGUUGUUAUCGUGAUUGACGAUGAUGAUGAUCCGGUGCAAGAUGAAGAUGAUACAUCAUCUGAUGAGGCCUUUGGCAUGUCCGAUCACGAUCUGCAACGUUCUCAACAAGCCUUGAGAAGUAGUUUAACGAGUAGUUUUCCAAUGAGUAGUGGUAGUUUAGGCAACGAUGGUAGUAUUACCUCCGGUAGCAGCCGUCCUGUAUCAAUGAUGGCUAGACGUAGCAUUCCUUUCUCGGAACAAGAGAAAAGACAGUCAUCAUCCAGCAGCCAACAAAGGCUUCCAUUGGUUGCUGUUCCGAGAAGUCCUGCAGUGCAGGCUAGUUCCAGUCAACAACAGACAUCAACAACAUUUUCCCUUUCAAACCCAGUCCAACAAUCGAGUUCACAAGUUUCAUCAAGGACCACCAAUGUACAGAGCAACCUCAUCAAUAGGAAUAACAAUGUUCCGAACAGGAUCACCAGAGACAGUCAAAGGAGUAUUGAUCAUUCUUUAGACACACAAAGAUCACCGGUGGUCGGAAGCAGCAGUAAUAAUAAUUGGACUGAAAAUUCGGAUCAACAACCCAGGCCCACACGAGCGAGUCGUCCAACAACUCGUAAUAUUUCAACCAAAAGAACGAGACGCACUUUAUGGCUGAAGGAAAUCAUGAAAUAUCAAAGGAGUACAGAACUUCUAAUUCCACGAUUACCGUUUCAAAGAGUGGUUCGAGAAAUAGGUCUAAAAGUGGCAAAUGAUAGAGGAUGUGGACUAUUGUGGAAAUGA